GCCUUUUGAUGUUACUUCACUUUGGUGAAGCUAAUAACCAGGCUGAUAAACUUUACAGCUUGAUUAAGUCGAAAAGGUCACUAAAUAAUCGUCCUCUUCCACAAAUCUGGUCACAACUGCAAGCCACAAAAGACUAUUCUCCAUCGUUCAUUGUGGCUUAGGAUGGUUUCAUGCAAGCUGACAAGAUUGGUGCAUUGCCUGGCCAACCUGAUGGUGUGGAUUUUGAUCAGUAUGGAGGGUAUGUUACUGUUGAUCCGCAGGCUGGAAAAGCACUCUUCUACUAUUUCGUGGAGUCCCCACAAAAUUCUUCCACCAAUCCUUUCGUGUUGUGGCUCAAUGGAGGACCAGGGUGUUCCUCGUUUGGAUACGGAGCCAUGAGAGAAUUAGGACCCUUCAGAGUUAAUACGGAUGGUAAAACACUCUUCAGGAACAACUACGCAUGGAAUAAUGUGGCAAAUGUGAUUUUCCUGGAAUCUCCAGCUGGUGUAGGGUUUUCAUAUUCUAAUACGUCAUCGGAUUAUGGGCGAACUGGUGACAAAAGUACUGCAAAUGAUGCUUACACUUUUCUGGUCAACUGGCUUGAAAGGUUCCCACAAUAUAAAAACAGGGACUUUUACAUAGCUGGAGAGAGCUACGCCGGUCACUGUGUGCCUCAGCUUGGGUACACCAUUCUCCUUAACAAUGAAAACUCUAACCAAACUAUCAUUAAACUCAAAGGCAUUGCAAUAGGUAAUGCAUGGAUUGAUGAUGCUACAAAUACAAAGGGGCUAAUUGAUUUUUUAUGGACUCAUGCUUUAAACUCAGACGAAACCAACAAGGACUUCCAUAUGCAUUGUGACUUUGAGAAUGACACCUCUUCUUCACAAUGUGAUACCUUAAUUGACAAGGCCUUAUUUGAGAUGGGGGAUAUUGAUUUUUAUCAUAUUUAUGCUCCAAUAUGCAUUAAACUCGCGCUCAAAAAUGGUUCCAUUGGUUCGGUCCAUGAAUUUGACCCCUGCACUGACUACUACGUGGAGUCUUACCUAAAUAUCGAAGAGGUACAAACAGCCUUGCAUGCAAAACCCACAAAAUGGAGCGCAUGCAGUGGUUGCGGCAAAUUUAACUGGACAGGUAGCCCAACUACCAUCCUACCUAUCAUCAAAGAUCUCAUGGAAAGUGGUACGAGAGUUUGGAUUUAUAGUGGCGAUGUAGAUGGACGAGUACCAAUUACAUCAUCUAGAUACUCAAUAAAUAGCCUCAACCUUCCCAUCCAGACUGUUUGGCAUCCUUGGUACAUCAAUGAUGAGGUUGGAGGAUACGUAGUAGAAUAUGAAGGAGUGACACUAGCUACAGUGAGAGGAGCAGGACAUCUGGCUCCAAGCUAUCAACCGGAGCGAGCUCUCCUUAUGAUCUCAUCAUUCCUUCAAGGAAUUCUCCCUCCCUCUUCACCAUAA